CCGGAGGAGCAAUGGUCACCCGGGAUCGAGCAGAGAAUAGGGACGGGCCCAAGAUGCUCAAGCCGCUUGUGGAGAAGCGGCGCCGGGACCGCAUCAACCGCAGCCUGGAAGAGCUGAGGCUGCUGCUGCUGGAGCGGACCCGGGACCAGAACCUCCGGAACCCGAAGCUGGAGAAAGCGGAGAUACUGGAGUUCGCCGUGGGCUACUUGAGGGAGCGAAGCCGGGUGGAGUCCCCGGGGAUUCCCCGGUCCCCAGCCCAGGACGCCGAGGCGCUCGCCAGCUGCUACUUGUCCGGUUUCCGCGAGUGCCUGCUCCGCUUGGCGGCCUUCGCGCAUGAUGCCAGCCCGGCCGCCCGAGCCCAGCUCUUCUCCGCGCUGCAAGGCUACCUGCGCCCCAAACCGCCCCGGCCCGAGCCGGUAGAUCCCAGGCCUCCAGCGCCGCGCCCACCGCAGGACCCCGCCGCACCAGCCCUUGGCCCCGCGCUACACCAGCGCCCCCCAGUGCACCAGGGCCCCCCUAGUCCGCGCUGCGCCUGGUCCCCAUCCCUCUGCUCCCCCCGCGCCUGGGAUUCCGGCGCGCCGGCGCCCCUCACCGGACUUUUGCCGCCGCCUCCACCGCCUUACAAACAAGACGGGGCGCCCAAAGCCCCGCCACUCCCGCCGCCCGCUUUCUGGAGACCUUGGCCCUGAGUUUUGGGGGUGGGGUGGGGGCGGGGGCUGGGGGAGGGGUAGAGACUCCAGCCGGAGGGCAGCAGAGGGACCCGGGCAUCCGGGCGAGGUGUUGGGGAGGGCGGCGGGGCGCGCGGGCUCAGCGCGCGGGUGAAAUGUGGUCUAUAUUAGAGUAUCUAUAUAAAUAUAUAUUUCCCUGGUUCCUGUCCCUUUUCCCUGCCCCCAACCCCGCGUCUAGGAUUGUACCUUUCUAACCCCAGCCCAGCCCCAGCCCCUUCCCGAGUCCCUAGUGCAUGGAAUAAAAUGGUUAUUAAA